CACAGAACGUAAUUUACAAGGCGAAUUCGUUUUUACGUUCUUCGCAGCUGCCAAUUCAGUAAACAUUUCAGUCUGGCGCUGUUUAUAAAUAUUUUAUACAGUUUUACAAAAGACUACACAAAUUUUUAACUAAUCUGUAGGUGAACUAAAGAAUCCAUGAGUAACAUUUACAUACAAGAGCCGCCCACUUCGGGAAAGGUACUUCUGAAGACUACAGUGGGUGAUAUAGAUAUAGAGCUUUGGUCGCGAGAAUGUCCCAAAGCAUGCCGCAAUUUCAUACAGCUAUGCAUGGAAGGCUAUUACAAUGGAACAAUAUUUCACCGUGUCGUCAAGGGCUUUAUUGUUCAAGGCGGGGAUCCCAGCGGCGACGGCAGUGGCGGAGAAUCCAUCUACGGGCAUCCAUUUAAGGAUGAAUUUCAUUCUCGCUUACGUUAUGCUCGACGCGGCCUGGUUGGCAUGGCGAACGCAGAUAAAGAUGACAAUGGCUCACAGUUUUUCUUUACCAUGGCCGCUACACCAGAACUGCAAAAUAAAAACACGCUUUUCGGCAAAGUGACCGGAGACACUGUCUACAAUAUGUUGAAAUUGGAAGACGGCUUAGUCGAUCACAAUGAGCGGCCUAUGUAUCCCCAAAAAAUUUUGCGUACCGAAAUAUUGAACAAUCCUUUUGAUGAUAUAGUUCCGCGCAAGGUGGCAAAAGAGAAUAAAAAAGAGAAAAACAAAAAGCGCGAAAAGGGUGUUAAGAAUUUUGGACUGCUCUCUUUUGGCGUGGAGGCUGAGGAGGAUGAAGAGGAAACGAAUCAAUUUGUGCAGAAAAAUGCUGGGAAGGCUAAAUCGAUGCAUGACGUUGUUGACGAUCCCAAACUGAGUAAAGAUGCAUUGCGAAUCGAAAACACAGCUAGUGUAAGUUCUGAUGAUGAAGAAGCUUUAGAAGAAGAACGCCGAUUAACGCGUAUCAAAAAAGAGCCACUCGGUGAUGAAGAUGUGGAGGAACGUAAGAAACGCAUAAAAGAGAAGCUACAACCAACAGCCAGUACAUCAAAAAAAGCGCCAAAAACAGAAACCGUACAAAUAAAAACCGAAAUCUCCGACUCUGAUGAAGACGUGCUAAUGACCCAAGAGCAGGAACAGAAAAUAAAAAACCAGAAGAAGAAGGAUGAAAUUCGCAAAGAGAUUCUCAACCUUAAAAAGCAAUAUCAAACAGAAAAGAGGGAACGUGAAAAAAUUGAUGAGAAAAAGCCUGAGAAAAGCGGCAAUGUUGAAUUGCAUGCUAACGCGAAAGACAAUGAAUUUAUACAGAAUUUUAUCGAGGAAAAGGAGAAAUAUAGCAGUCUAAAAUCAAAGAUUCCAAAGAAGGGUGCUAGCCGGGAAGACUUUACUUUAAGCUUACUUUCGAAAUUUCGCAAUAAAUUAGAUGCGCUAAAACAAAAACAAGCCGAAUCGAAUGAGAGCAAAGAGCUCGUUGACGACGUCAUUGUAGAGAAAGAAAUUCAAGGAGACGAUUGGUUGGCGCACACAUUGAAGUUUGACGAAGCCGCGCCUAUAUUAGCUAAAGACGCAUCUACCAAAGGUGAUGAUUGGUAUGAUGCAUACGAUCCUCGAAAUCCAUUAAAUAAACGAAAAAGAGGGGAGGGCAGUAGAAGUGGAGGCAGCAGUAGUAGUACAAAACGUCGAAAAUAAAAUGUUGUACUGCACAAUUUUUG